GUUAUUCUACCGGAAAGGAGAUUGAAGUACAGUUAGCACCAAGAUCAAUUAAUUUCGUAUGCUAAAUGAACCAAUAUAUUUACAUACUUGUAUGUAUUUACAAGCCAUGUAACAAGCACACACAUAUGUUUUGCCUUCACCUUUUCACAGUUUUGUGUUCAAUGUGGGGAUAUCCCAAUUAUUGCCGUUUAGUCUAAAACCAUUCCGUGUAAUGAAAAUAUUUUACAGGCCUUUAUAUGUCAUUGCAUUCUUCGGGCAUUUCAAUUGUUUCGGAAGUGUUUCAAGGCCUUUGCAUUGUUGCCGACAGGUCUAAGCAAAAUAUUUGCAAAUGAAAUUCUUAUACCCCACACAUACAAAUGUUUGUUUUGCGGAUUACGAAUAGCCAGAAUCCUGCUGAAUGGCAGUGGCCACAAACCAAAACAAUGGAAAAAUAUUGACAUGACUUCCGCUCACCUUUUAAUCCACCUAAAUUCCUGUUUAGACACGACUGUCAGGAGCACAUUGUUCGUGUGGCGACACGGCGCUGAUGGUAAUUGCCAUUUUCACGGAAACGCGAGACGGUCAUGCUAGUAAUACGUGCCUCAAUUUCUACGACACCUUUGCAUAAAUGCCUAUGCGUGAAGCCUUUUGUUAGCUAAAGUAAUUUUCGGCUGCUGCGCCGAUGCUGCGCUCUAGAAACGCCCAACAUAAAAGUAUUUUAGGCUCAAGAGGUCUUUUCGCGCAAGGAUACGCGCAACCGCAACAGAGCGCAGCGCGCGGCUGAAUUGGAGAGCGCAGAAAACACAGGUGUGGAAAAAUUCAACAAAAGAGGGCUACUGCCAGGCUUGAUACACACAAACACGGGUACAGUCGACAAGCUACCGGCGGCCAAGGUGCGAGUAUAAAAGCGCACAGCAUGCGAGCAAGGACUCAUCAUUCGUUUGUUAGCCGCUAACGUGUGCCUUCGGUCAAUGACUGUAUCAGCCAGUCGACAUAUAAACAAAUAUUUGUAAAUAAAAUUAUUAAGUAUUCAUCUGAAAAAGAAUAUUUGUCCGAAACGAGUGAGCCACUACUUAAACUUAACCACUUAACCUAAGCAAACACCGACUUCACCAAACCAAAUAAAAUGGGUUCCUUAAUGCGCAAGAACAUCACCAGCAACAACAGCAGCAGCAAUGCCAAAAACAGUAAAAAUAAAUCAUCAGUGCACUAUCAACUCUUUAUGUAUCAGGAGGAGCUGCGCCGCCGCAAUACACGUGGAAUAAGCGUCGCCAGAUCAAAGAUAUCUCUCACUGAAUCCCUAAUCCAAGACAACGUGCAGAAUUUGCACAACCGCAGCGAUGAAGAUCUUCGUAUCAUAAGCCGAGAAAUGUCAUUCAAGAAGCAUCUGCAGAAGCAAGUGUCACGUUAUUCAAAGCUGAUUAAAUUGGCAAUGAGCGUAGAGAGGAAGACCGUUAAAAAUUCUACGACUAUUAGCACAGCGGUGCAUUUACGAGUUAAUUAGUCGUCGUCUAAUAUUUAAGAAUAUCUGUUAGCUAAGUACCGCUGUGAUUAUUAAUUGUAUUUUAUUUAAUUUUAGAUUACAUAUUUAUUACUUUAUUAUUUGUAGGUUAGAAUAUGAGUUAAUAGUGUUAAAGUCUUUAAUAUAAGCUGGUGGAAUAUAACUUGCAACAAGUUCAAAUACAAUAGUAUCUUUAAAGUUAGUUUUUAAUAGUACUUGUAGAAGUUAGUUUUCUUCGUAAAAUUAUGUUUACAACGUUCUAAUUGACUCGUCUACCGAUAAUUGACGUAAUCUAAGCUGGCAGGCUAUCGCAGUAAAAAUAACGUUCGUUACUUUCUGUCAAUCCUUAAAGGUAAAAACUCCGAAUGAACACCAUAUCCGUUUUGUAUGGAAUAACCUAGGAUCAUAUUCAUCUCAACUGACGGUCCUUGUUCCAAGAAAAUGUCACAUCUGCUAAUUUGAAAGCAUGUGAGUAACAUUGUAUUGCCUAACUAAAAGUAGAUUACAAUGAGUGGAGAGUAUUUUUGUAUUUGAAAAACAUAGUAUAGUACGAACCGAAAUUAUUGAAACUUGUUCUUUGCCCGAUAAACUAAGACAAUUGAGUAAUUUGAGAGUUACCAACAAAGUAAUUGUAAGGAAAAUAGGAAAUUCUUGACUUUAAAACCUGAA